AUCCACCGCACCUAAAUAUUCCACACCCACCCGACCGACCGACUCUUUCUCAACCCCAGCGCAGCCAACCCCCCAAAGAUAUAAUAUAAUGUACAUGUUUACCACGAUUGCACGCGCUUCACUCGUCAACCUGAUCCUAAACCCACUCUUCCCCGGUCCUCGCGUCGCCGUCGCAUCCGCAGUCACAACCAACGUCCUAUUCAGUCCACGAAUCCAAGCAAACCUACCAAUCCACCCCCGCUGCUCUGCCUCCCACCUAUACUCCACAAUGCCUUCCUCGCCAGACCCCCAGCCCACCUCCAACCAAGAUCAGAACCAGCAGCCUCAAGAAGAACGGAAAGAAUACCUUGCUCUCCCGGACACGAACAGCGCGGCCUCAUCGACUCAGCUGGAUGUCAGCGGGGACGGGUCGACAGUGAAGCUGGACCAUCUGGGACCGCUGGUCGUGAAUCAGGAUGGGUCGUUGUCGCGGAUCUCGAACUGGGAACAGAUGACGGAGAUUGAACGGACGAAUACGUUGAGGGUGCUGGGCAAGAGGAAUAAAUCGAGGUUGGAUGCUUUGAAGAAGAACCAGGCGGAGGCGGAAGGUCAGAACUGAGGCUGUUGACCAGGGUGUAUUGGUGUAUAUGGGAUAUGAGGUCAAUUGCUUGGAGGAGGUUGAAGUUUCAUCUAUGAUAGAGUGUAAAAUAUAUUUAAUGUCAUUUUAAGUAGAUUCAUGCUGUAAGAAUAGUACAUAACUCC